AUGCCACCUCUCCCGCGUGCCUUCUACAUGGCGGGUACCGACGCUGACAGGACCGCCGAGGUCGUGUGGCAUGACUGCGCUCAUCCACAGCGGCUUCAAGCCACGGGAAAUGAAGUCAUCAUUCCGUUCAAUGUGAAGGACAAGAUGGGCGAGACCAAUCUUGUUAAGCUUGCCAACCGUCUAUCAGUUCUUCUGGAUGAGCCAGUGGAGAUUGUCCUCGACAUGAAAAUCUCUUCUUUCCGCCUGGUGCCCUCUGCUAUUAUUGCGAAGAAGUCCCUCGGUGUCGACCUUCUUGAAUAUGACAUUGUUGCUCAGACUACUCGUGAGGCUUUGCGUAAUAACCAAGCUGCCGUUCCUCCGCGAAAGAAGCAUAUUCCCCGCCCUCCCAACGCUUGGAUUCUUUAUCGUCAGCAUCACCACGGUCAGACAACGGCUUUGAACCCCGGGGUGGCAAAUAACGAUAUUUCUCGCCUCAUUUCCGCCAAGUGGCGAUCUGAGACCGAGGAAACUCGUCAACGCUGGCACGCUUUGGCGGCUCAAGUCAAGAAACAGCACGCCCUUGCUUUCCCUGACUAUCAGUAUUCGCCACGUCGCCCUGGCGAAAGGCUGACUCGUCGCGCCCGGGUUCCAGCUGAAGCCGUUGGUCUCAUCGGCGACACUCGGCGAGGCACAAAUCGUCUCCAAGACACGAUUCAGGGAGAUGGCCCCAACCCUUGGGAUUCGAACGGACUCAUUGAUAUUGACCAAGAGUUCCUCAGUAUGCUGGAUCAGCAUGAUAUGCUGGCAGGACCGAAUGGCAUUGAUAUCAGCUAUGCUCAGAACCAGGACUUCACCGCCAUGGUGAACACCCAGGUUCGACGUGAGCCAAUUGAAACUCUGCGAACUCCUCCCCUCCAAGGAGACGAAUUUGGUUCAAUGUUUUCCGAAGAAAGCAUGAACGCUCUUUUGAACCUUGAUGGAUAG